UGCCCGCAGUUUGAAACUGUCAAGGAGCUGCUAGGGUAGCAGGUGUUUGCUGUGGUUGCGGCGGCGUCGCUGGGGCUGCUGCGAGUGAGGAGUCGGGGUUUGGCGGAGACGGUGGGUGCCGGCGGCGGGGGCCGGCCGCUUCCACUCAGACAGGACCGGGGGCAUCAUCUCUGGAGGUGCAAGGAAGAGGACUCUAGCGACGCGAACUGAGCAUCGCGCGUACCAGCCCAGCAGUUGGCUGGACCCAUGGAUGUGGAACCAGGGACACUGAAGGCUAACGGUCCUGCAGGCCCAGCGUUACUCAGUGCUUCCACGGCGACCGCCCGCCAGUGCCCCUGCCACUAAACUCCUCGUCCAUCCUCCAAGUGCCACCUUCCUGCAGUUCUUGCUUUGCAUCUGUGCAGAAUGUCAUCUGACGAGGACAAAUACUCACUUCGUGUUGCUCACAACAACUCUGAUCAUGACAGUUCCAUCUCCACAGAUCUCCAGGAGGAGUAUGAGGAAUUGCUGCGCUAUGCUAUUGUGAAUCCAAAUGUUGAAUCCGGUGCUUCACAGCCGUCUCAUCCAAAGGGAGAAGUGGUACCAGAUAGAUUUCCUAUGCCAGCUGGAAAUAAUCCUGUAAAAGAAACUGCAAUGGAAAUUGGAAAAGGAUGUGAUAUUUCCAGCUACUCAAAAUCAGGGUCAUCACCGGUCUCGUCACCCAGGAAGCCCUCUCACCCAGUCAUGGAUUUCUUCAGUUCCCAUCUUUUAGAUGACUCUUCCUCACCAGCCUCUACUUCUACUCAUAGAGAUGCCCAUGAAAUAAUUGUGGGUGAUCGUCUUGUUCCUGAUGAAAAUCUUCAGAAGGUGGAGAAUAUACUUGACCUCUGGAGUGCAGGUCUGAAGACAAACGUUCUGUCUGAACUCAGUAAGUGGAGACUUAAUUUUCUCGACUGGCACCGUAUGGAGAUGAAGAAGGAGAAGGAAAAGCACGCGGCGCUUGUGAAGCAGCUGUCGAGCCAGAUCGCUGACUUGAAGGAGCUGCAGAAAGCCUUUGAAGUCUCCCUCAGAAGGAAGGAUGAGGUGAUUUCCAGCUUGUCUCAUGCCAUCAGCAAGCAAAAGGAAAGGACAGAGUUGAUGAAAACCUUCUUCCACUGGCGAAUCAGCCAUGUCAAGUCAAGACAGGAUGUCUAUGAAGAUAAAUUGGCUGACCAGUACUUCCAGAGAACUUUGCUGAAGAAAGUCUGGAAGGGCUGGCGCUCCGUGGUUCAGAGGCAGUGGAAAGAGGUGGUGGAACGGGCAUGCCAAGCGAGGGCUGAAGAAGUCUGUGUGCAGAUCUCCAAUGAUUAUGAAGCCAAACUUGCUAUGUUAUCUGGAGCUUUGGAGAAUGCAAAAGCUGAGAUUCAAAGAAUGCAGCAGGAAAAAGAGCACUUUGAAGACUCCAUGAAGAAAGCGUUCAUGAGGGGGGUGUGCGCUUUGAACCUUGAAGCCAUGACCAUAUUUCAGAACAAAAACGAUGCAGGGGUAGACUUCACGAACAAUAAAAGGGAGGAGAGUGGUCCCUCUGGCCCAGGAAGAGAGCUGUCCGCUCAUUUGGAUACAUCUUCAUCUACAAUACCUUCAUCAGUUCCGCCGCAGCUGCUGCCUUCCGCAACAGCAACAGCAGGAGUCAGCGCCACUGCCAUUCCCUCUGCAGCUUCCAUGACCUCUGCUGGAGCCACAUCUGCCUCUUCUGCUCAUGUUCCUGUCUCUGUUCUUGGUGCAGGAUCCGCAGCUACAACUGCCCCAGAAGAAAUGUACAUACCAAGAGUUGUGACCUCAGCACAGCAGAAAGCCGGGAAGACGAUUACCGCGCGGAUCACGGGUCGGUGUGAUUUUGCUUCCAAAACUAGAGUCAGCAGCAGUUUGGCUAUCAUGGGAGUUUCUCCUCCCAUGAGCUCAGUCGUUGUGGAGAAGCACCAUCCAGUCACAGUGGAAGAUGUUUAUUCCAAAUGGCAUCAAAAUCAUCAAAUAGAAAAGGUAAUCCAUUAUAUCAACUGCUAAAACAGUAAACUGUAAAGAUUCCAUGUAAAAAGAAAAAAAGAAAGAAAAAUAAUUUACUGGUAAACCGACUCUUCAUGCAGCAGGUGUUGAUUAUAAGAAAAUGUCCUACGUUAGAGUGCUUACUCUUGCCCUUGUAUUUUCCAGUCUCCUUCAGUAGAGUAUCUAACUUAUCUCUAUAUUAAAGGGUAGUGAAUUGCAAAAAAUACAUAAGGUAUAAGGGAAGAUGCACAGACUUGAAGCAGCAGGCAAGUGAGAACUUCCCAGUUGUUCCUUCCACUUUCUGCACCUGGACAGAGACUCAAGUCAGAUAGUCAAGCCUCCACUUUCUCUUCUGUGAAAUGGGGUUGGUGAGAGUACUGAGCUUCUGGAACAUUGUCAGAAUUCAGGAGUAAAUGAGAUAAUACCAAAAGUAAUGACAUAUGCAGGGGUACUGUGGAAACUACAGAGCCAUUAAGAACUAGAAAGUUACUAGAAAAGGAAUGUGAGAUUUUGUUUCUUUUUUCUAAUCGUUGAGUGCUUGUUUGCAUGUUUGUCUGUGCACCACAUGUAUGCCUGAUCCAGAAGAGGGCAUCAGAGCCCCUGAAACUGGAGUUACAAAUGGUUGUGAGCUGCCAUGUGGGAGCCAGGAAUUGAUCCUGGGUCCUCUGGAAGAGCAACAAGUGCUCCAGGCUGUCUCUCCAGCCCUUGGUGUUUUAGAGAAUAGAGAAAUUGAGGGAGUAGAAUCUUUUUUCUUAUUGAAAAAAGUUUUUAUUGAAUUAAAAUAAAUUCAAUUAUUGAAUUAAAAUAAAAUCACAUCAUUUCUCCAUUCUUCCCCAGACUGAACUUGUUUUAUAUCAGCUUCUUGUGAUGGAGUAGUUUUAUCUACUUUCAUCAAUUCCUUUUCUCCUGAAAAGGAAUUACGUCAUCCUUUCCUGUUUUCCUUCAUUUCCCUGAGUUCAGGUUAAGCCUACAUCAAAUAACUUAUUCAGACCUGCACUUGGAGAAACUAGAAUCUUAGAAAUUCUCUUUACCUGUUCUCUCCUGCUAUUCAGCAGGCGUGCAGUACGGGCCGAGUCAGAGAUGGAGAAACCCUUCCUUCCUUGCUUAGCUUCUGUCAUGUGACAGUUGUGGGCCUCUGUGCUGUUUGAAGUGUUUUCCAGGAAUCAAGAUCUAAAACUGGCAGAAACCAUCACUGCCAAUAAAGCAUGGAUCUGUUUGAACUCCUUUGCCCAUCAGCUGGUGUUCACUUGCUUCCGAGGCUGACUAUGUGUUCUGCCAUAUUUUGUAGAUCACUCUAAUCUCUUCCUACAGUUCCUUUUACCCAUCCUCAAGGAGAAACAGCUUUGAUAAAUCAUGUCAUGUUUAAUGCUUGUCAACUAAAAUUUCAUGCCAGCUGUAAGACUCUCCCAUUUGUAAUAGUUAUCCAGGUGUUUAUAGUUGGAGAAACAUCUGUAUAAGAUACCUUAAGAAGGGAGGUUACUUUUCUACUUCUCCAUAGAGAAGUUCUCACUUUUAAGACAGAAUUGGACAUGAGGAUCCUGUUUUAUUAUGCAGUCUUUGAAAUAGAUGGUAAAUAUAUUGGCUAAAUGCAUUUUUUAUAAAUUUUACCUGUAUGAAUGUUUUGCCUACAUAUAUGUCUGUGCAGCACAUGUGUGCCUUGUGUCCACAGAGGCCAUUCUUGCGAUCCACUGUGUGAGUGCUGGCAACCAAACCCAGGUCUUCUUCCUCCUGAGCCGUCACCCCCGCCCCUAAUGCAUAAAAUUGUACUUGAAAUAUUUUAAAGAUAAUUUUUCAAGUGGAAGCUCCUAUAAUAGAAAUCUGUGGACAUGACUAAGAACAUAACUUGAUACAGAUCCCCUGCCGGCUACUAAGACAUUGUCACAGGUACAAUAAAGUCUUAACUGGUUUUCAUAUGUACGUAGGGCUACCACGUACGUAUAUACACAGUGCAUAUUUUUACGUAUCACAUACGUAGACUGUCGGCUCUGCCCUGGCUUUAAUUCUUUAGCAUUCAUGUCUCUGUUCUCCUAAGCUUUGAACUGGCGUGCAGAUUACCUUCUCCUCAGUGUCUGUGGUUGUUCUCCAUGUCCAGCUCUUUCCUUGUUUAGGAUAGUGUGGCCCAACCAGGUGUGGUGGAUGUUUUAUAUUCCCAACAUUCUGGAGCCUGGGCAGGUGGAUCACAAGUCUGAGUCCAACGUGGGCUCCAAAGCCAGACCCCACUGAAGGAAAGCGAUAUUAAUGGAGCCACUUAUCUUCUGGGGAGCCUUCUCUUGUGUGACUGUAAAAUGUUGGGUCUGCUCCCAAGUGAAAUCUGAAGUCUAUUUCACCAUGGCUUGAAGCAAGGCCUGGGCUCAAUAGAAUAAGGGGUGAAUGAUGUAGAGCUGACCCUCAUCCAGACACCGAAGUCCUUUUCCGUCCUUGGCCUCUAUAGACCUUUUCGUCUUAGACCUCUUAGAGCAUUGAUUCCCAGGGCUCUGGUAUUAAAUGUGGUUGUUCAAAUAUGGGUUCCUUUUAGAGAAGGGCUUCACUGUCUGAGUGGCAACUCCACCCAGUGCAUUGCUGGUAUCUGUGGGAUGUCAGAUGCCUGUUGGUUUGGGCUAUAGGUGAUGAAAUGAUGCUUCACAUCGACUCUGUCAGAUUAGUAAAGCAGCCUCUUAUCU